AUGAAGUCGCUCAUGAUCAUCGCUUUUGCCAUUCUUCAAUCAGUUCAAGCUCAAGAUCAAUCAGGAUUCAUUAGCUUGGAUUGUGGGUUACCCCCUACGACUUCAUCCUAUACGGAGAGGAAAACGAAUAUAACAUACAUCUCAGACGCGGACUAUAUCGACAGUGGAUUAGUCGGCAAGAUCAAUGAUUCAUACAGAACAUUGUUUCAGCAACAGACUUGGACCUCAAGAAGCUUCCCUGAAGGUCAAAGAAACUGUUACAACAUCAAUCUCAAAGCGAACGGCAAAUAUCUGAUCAGAGGAUCAUUUUUGUAUGGGAAUUACGACGGUCUGAAUCAAAUCCCCAAGUUUGAUCUUCACGUUGGUCCUAACAAAUGGACUUCUGUUGUGUUGGAUGGAGUAGCAAAUGCUUCGAUCUACGAGAUGAUCCAUGUCUUGGCACAAGACCUUCUUCAAGUUUGUCUUGUCAAAACUGGACAAACGACACCGUUUAUAUCGUCUUUGGAACUUCGUCCGUUGAAAAAUAAUACUUACGUCACUCAAAGUGGAUCGUUGUUGUCGUUCGCAAGAAAUUACUUUCCACAGUCUCCAGUAAUCCUCAGGUAUGAUGAAGACUUCCAUGACCGGAUUUGGGUUCCAUUCAGAGAGAACGAAACAGUGUCGAUAAGCACUGAUCUUACAGUCGAUACAAGCGGUGAUCUCUACGAUGUGCCUCAAAAUGUGGCAAAAUCCGCAAUGAUUCCCAGAGAUGCUACUCAUCCUCUCAGUAUAUGGUGGGAUCUCCAAGACAUCAAUGCACUGUCAUAUGUAUACAUGCACUUCGCCGAAAUCCAGAAUCUUGGAUCUGAUGAGAUCAGAGAAUUCAACAUUACUUACAAUGGUGGUAAGGUUUGGGAGAGUUUCGUUAGACCUCACAAGCUCAACAUCACAACAAGCUUUAGUCAAGAAGCUUUGACUUCUUCAGAUGGGUUCUUCAACUUCACCUUUACAAUGACCGAAAACUCUACUCUUCCUCCACUUAUCAAUGCCAUUGAGGUCUAUACAGUCGUAGAGAAUUUACUGUUCCCAACAUACCAAGACGAAGUUUCUGCUAUGAUAAACAUCAAGAAAACAUAUGGAUUGAGUACAAAGAUAAGUUGGCAAGGAGAUCCAUGUUCCCCUAAGAUUUAUCGAUGGGAAGGUGUGGAUUGCCUUUAUUUGGACUCCGAUCAACCUCUGAUCAUAUCCUUGAACUUGGCAGCAAGUGGAUUGAACGGUACCAUAACACCUGAUAUAGCUAAUCUAAUACAACUGAGAGAACUAGAUUUAUCAAAUAAUAAUUUAUCAGGAGACAUUCCAGAUAUUCUCGCUGAUAUGAAGAUGUUGACACUCAUAAACUUAAGCGGAAACCCAAAUCUCAAUCUCACUAUUCCAGAUUCUAUUCAGCGAAGGAUAGAUAACAAAUCAUUAACACUAGUUUUAGAUCAAAAACAGGGAAGAAAGUUUCCUUUGGUUCCUGUCGCAAAUUCAGUGGCUGCUGUGAUCGCUUUACUAGCUAUCUUCACCAUAUGUUUCAUAAUUGCAAAGAAAAACCAUAGAUGUAGUGAAGCUCCAAGAAGGGUUAAUAGUGAGAAAAGACCAUCAAAUCAAUCAUUCGGAACAAAGGAGAGGGUAUUCACGUAUUCCGAGAUACUAAAGAUGACAAAUAACUUUGAGAGAGUUCUUGGUAAAGGAGCCUAUGGAAGAGUCUACUAUGGAAACUUAAAUGAUACUCAAGUAGCUGUGAAAAUGCUCUUUCACACAUCAGCUCAUCAAGAUUAUAAACAUUUCAAAGCUGAGGUUGAACUUCUUUUAAGAGUUCAUCAUAGAAAUUUGGUGGCACUUGUGGGGUACUGUGACGAUGGAGAUAACUUGGCUUUGAUCUAUGAAUACAUGGCAAAUGGAGACUUGAAGAAGAAUAUGUCAGGAGAACGCAGUGGACAUGUUCUAACUUGGGGAAACAGAAUGCUUAUAGCUAUGGAGGCAGCACAAGGACUAGAGUAUCUACACAAUGGAAGUAUACCUCCUAUGGUACAUAGAGAUGUGAAAACUACAAACAUAUUAUUGAAUGAGCAUUUUCAAGCGAAGCUAGCUGAUUUUGGGCUCUCUAGAUCUUCCCCGGUCGAUGGUGAACCUUAUGUAUCAACAAUCGUUGCAGGAACACCUGGUUACUUAGACCCUGAGUACUAUAGAACAAACUUGCUAAGCGAGAAGAGUGAUGUGUACAGCUUUGGAGUAGUUCUAUUAGAGAUCAUCACAAACCAGCCUGUGAUCGAUACAACCCGGGAGAGAGCUCACAUUACAGAAUGGGUUGGGUUAAUGCUCAUGGAAGGAGAUAUUAGGAAUAUUAUUGACCCUAAACUGAUGGGAGAGUUUGAUAUAAACGGUGUGUGGAAGGCUAUGGAGUUGGCUAUGGCUUGUGUAAACCCUAUCUCGGACCGUAGACCGACGAUGCCGUACGUUGUGAUGGAGCUAAAAGAGUGUUUGGACUCUGAAAUUGCAAGGAAAGAUGGGAGUCAAGAGAUGUAUGCUAAAGACUCUUAUGUUGAGGUUAGCUUCUCUCCUGGUUCUAGAUUUUCACCAGGACCGAGGUGA